AUGGAUGAUGUAUCCUCAAGUGGGUCUCGCUUUAAACGAAUACCACGUCAACCAUGGGCCUCAAAUCCUGAGCUGAAUUCAUUGGUUUGUUUCUUUCUCUUGUUACCUUGGGAUAACAAUUUUAUUUCGAAAAGAUGUAAAUGCAAUUGCAUUUUUGGAACCCAGAAAUCGUUUGUCUUUUGGUGAUGGUUUUUUAUUUUGCUGAGAAACUGGGUUUCUGAUGGCUCUUGGAAUACCCAUACAAUCAUCUCCAUGGUGUAUCCUGAGAUGGUGAAAAUCACACUGUAACCCCGACCCGCUUAGAAUAGAGUACUGUUAUCGCUCAAACACUGUAGGUCACUCUCGUUGUAAUAAUGCUACGCUUUCUGUUAAUCAAAGCCAUGGUAUCUGAUUGUAUGUCUCAUUCUGAAUGAUGUAUGGCAUUUCAUGAAAUCUUGGGCACCGUGUAUAGAGAUUCGGUCAUUCAUAUCUGAUGUUAAUGCUACAGUAAUUGCCGCUGCUUCCCAAUGUAUGCGAUUUUUUUUUGAGUAGCAAUUAUCAUGCCUCACCAUGUAAUCUGAGAGAAGUAGUGACAUUCUUUAUUACGAGAACAAGCCAAUCCAUAUGUAGGCAAUAUCUCUAUAUAGAAACUCACCACAUUAAAGUCCUCACUUUUUUGUGGAGAAGCCACUUCCUAGGCUCGAGGGAUCAUCUAGUGUCCAAUACCUUCAUCUUCAUCAGUAUCAGGGGUCAGAGAAAGCCUAGAAUCCGCUAGUUCUUGAGAUGAGUGGCUUAUUUUCCGUUUGAUUUCUCUUUCUUCAUAUAUGGAUGCAUAUUAUACGCCAAUAUCUACAUGGGGAAAUUAUGAUUCUCCUUAGGUUUUGUUUUUUUAAAACUGCUGAAGCAGAGAAGUAUGUGUCCUGUGCCUAUAGAUAGCUGAUUAUAUAUUCUGCGAACACUUUGGCCACUGCUUUUGGUAUUCAUGCAAUACUUUUUGCCUUUCUCAAUCCAUGUUUUACUUCCAGCUAAACGAAAAUUUGGAGCAGUGGCCCCACCUGAAUGAGUUGGUACAGUGUUACAAGGCUGAUUGGGUGAAAGAUGAAAGCAAGUAUGGCCACUAUGAAAGUGUUGGAUCUGUACCAUUUCAAAGCCAGAUAUAUGAAGGUCCUGAUACUGACAUUGAAACAGGUGAUGUAGACACAGCAGUGUGAUGAUCUUUAUUAUUUAUUUGUUUUCUGAACAUGGAUACAGUAGACUUUGAUUAAAUAUUAGAGCUCGCAUGAGUAAUCUCUCAACUAGAUAAAACCCUCUACAAGAGCAACUGUCCUAAAAGUUCAGUCUGUUCUCAUUCCAAAUGUCCCAAACAUGCGAGAAAAUCUACCGAGCUUAUCAGUCGCCACACUAAUCUCGGAAUCUGCCAUGAACUUCGAGUUUGUUUAGAGAAUAAAUCUAAUUUGAAAUAGAGGACCAAUCAGCAAGUGAAAUGAUGAUUCCUCCCCUCAAAUUUUGACUGGUAGUUGUCGCUUUGAAAAAAAUAUGUAUACAUUUUUUUUUCUAUCCUUUGCAGAAAUGCAGCUGGCAUGUGCAAGGCAUCCCAAGGCUGAAGAUACUACUGAUGAUGACAUUCCCAGCACCUCAGGCAGACAAUCCUCGGUAGCUAUGCCCUCCUAUUUGACAUUUUUAAUGAUAAUUUUGUUAGUCCUGGUUUUUUUUUAAUGUUUUCGUUUUUCAACUUCAGCUGUUUAAUCCUCAUCUUAGAGUUUGAUAAGUUUCCAAGAUUGAUUUCCUUCAAUUAUCGUAUGGGGUGGCGGUCUAGGUUUGGUGUUAAGUUCAUCUUGGUCAAGCCAUCCAGAUCUUGAAGAUUAAUGAAAACUACAGAAAAAAUAGAGGAGAGGGUAGUAGAGUGGAAAAAAGAGCAGAGGCUAGAGGUAAAGACCUUAUAGGCUAGUGGUGUAAAACAGUAACAUAGCAAGGGGAACGCAUCUCUGGGCAAAGGGCAAUUCCUCGGACACAAACACCUCCAUUGGUUUCUUCUCUUUUUGCUUUUCUGAGGGCUGGGCUACCCCCAGUUCUUUCUGUUUUUUACCAAUAGAGCAGUGGUAUUUUAUGUGCUAGUAAUUUAAAAACUCGUUUAUGAAAAACUUAUUAGUCAUGAUGUCAAGGGAAUAGCCUCCCAAUCUGCAUAUGUUAAAUUUGGAUAUGUUAGUCACAUUUAAAAUGCGUUGCCUUCAGAAUUACGUUGAAGGAGAGUAUGGAAAUGGUGUCGUGAAACUCCACUUUCUGUUGUAAAUUGAAAAUUUUCUGUUAAUUAUGUAUUGUUUCUUUUCAUAUGUAUAUUUAGACUCUUCCGUGAGCUUCAAACAUAGGCCACAUUUUCAAUGGUGAAGUAGGGGCAUACUGAUGAUCGUGGUUUACCAUUGAUUAAAAUUAUACUCAUCAUAUAAAUAGAUUUAGGGGAGUCAUCUGUAACCGAGCAUCUAUCUCCUAUCUUUAGCCUCUCCUUUCAAAUAUUUUCUCAUAAGCAUGCCUUUAUGUUUUUUUUUGAUCUGGACUUCUUCUCAUUUCAGUAGUUUUUUGUCAAUGAUGUUCUGUUCUGUCUAUUUGGCAUGUGCUCACUGUACUCUUUUACUUCUGUGAUCCCAGCAUUUUGGUGAGUCGCCUUUACCAGCAUACGAGCCUUGCUUUGAUUGGGAAACUGAAAGAUCAAUGAUUUUUGGACAAAGGACUUCAGAAAUUCAUCCUUUUCAAUAUUCGAGGUUAUGAUUGUCUUAUCUCAAAAACGUGCCUACUAAAUGUUCAAGUGUAAUUGGCAUUAUAUUUCCCUUCACAGAGUUUUCUUGUUUAAGUGGGCAGUCAAUAAAUCAUUCAUGUUCUAAUUAUCUUAACUAUCUUUCAGCGGAUUGAAGAUAUCGGUAAAGGUUGUAUCUUUAUCAUUUCAAGCUGGACUUGCUGGUGAGUGCUUUAUUUCUGCUAUACAUUCAAGGUUUCACGUUAAAGGUUCCACCUUUUUCAGUUACAAUUCUUGGUAUCCUCCUUGCUGAGCAAUUUUUUUUACUUUUAUUUUGUUGUAGAGCCAUUUCAUGGGACCAUUUGUUUAUACAAUAGGGAUAGAAGAGAGAAAUUGUCAGAGGACUUCUACUUUCAUGUGUUACCGACGAAUGGGCUGGAGGUAUGUUGUCAAAAAAAUACCUCAUCUCCUUCUUUUUAGUAAAGUUAAUCUCUUUCAGCUUUUCGUUUGCUCUGAGCUCUCUGACUGUGUUCUUAGCUUCGAAAGCUUGAUCUGCAAGGCCCGUGUCUACAUGCUAUUGGAAUCAGUUGUGACAAUCCCUCUUUCUUUCGGGGGUAUAUUUAAGGGCUAAAUCAGUCAAUUGCCUGCCAAAGUGACCCAGCCCGUCCUCUCGGACAGGGUUCAAUAAGGCAUGGGUUGCCACUUGCCUUCUCUCCCGAUCUGGAAUGAAUCAGGCCAUCUCGGUACCUGGUCUGAUGACGAGUAAAAUGCAUAAGCAUGCAUUCUUAACAUUGUUAAAGAUAAAACCAUCAAUCAUAAGCAUUUUCUUUGAAAUUGUAUUCAACCAACUCGACUUAAAAGCAGCUACAGGAAUGAAAACGAACAUAAUUGGAAGGAACAGCUCAGGAGGAAAAAUUCUCUGGAUGUGUUAUAUGAUGUUAUUGAAAGAUUCCUUUCUGUUUGCUCUGUCUCCAGGCUAAUUUGCUAUCAGAACACCGCGGCAUUUUUUCCUUAGAUGCUCCAUCACCAUCAGUCUGUCUACUUAUUCAACUAGAGAAGGCAGCCACAGAGGAAGGCGGGGUUAACCCAUCUGUUUAUUCUCGCAAAGAACCUGUAAGUUUAGUUUUACUCUUUAUCCUUUAAUGCCAUACUCUUCAUUUGAAUGUCACUUGAUGCAUUAUCAAUAAUGUAUUUUUUGUUAAACAUACAUUUUUAGUAAAAUGCUUACCACUUAUUCUAAAAGCAUGCUGUAGUUCUCUUUAUUGGACUGCUUUAGUGUUUGUGGAAGAUUUAAAUGAGGAUUACUUUUGCAAGAACACAAGUAAUAUGAUUGUUACCUGUCUAAGAUUCUAGUUUCGUGAAGUCUAAUCUUCAGUUUAUGUCGAGGAAUUUCUGAAAUUUUCUCGACAAAAUUUUAAUGCCAGUGUGCUGUUUUUAAAUAGGCGCUGAAUUGAUACUGAAUAGCUUAAAACGGCAGCAGCUAUUCUGUUUGGUUGUCAAUGGAUAAGUUUCUUACUAUGAUCCAACAUUAAUUGUGAUUUUGUGAAACUAUUUCAUGGUCUCACUAACUUAUGGAAUGUAUAUACCUCUUUUCUGUGUGUUGCAUAUUUUUGUACGUAUCGCUGAGCAUUUAAAUCUCUCGUCCUUGUUUGCUCACAACCGUUAUCUAUAAUAAUCUGACGGUUCUCUGCCUCUUUCUUUCCUUGUCAGGUUUGUUCAUUAUUCUAUUCUCUGUUGUUUAUCACCUUUAUAUUGUAACUUAUAUUGUGAACAACAUGGAUGAAAUUGGGGUUGAAUAAAAGCCUAUAUCUUUAUUCCACCCAUUAAGUUCCAUUUUGAUGGAUGCCGAUGGUAGGCUGUGGAUGAUAAUUAAACAUGUGUAAGUACUAGGAAGUAGCUGUGAAAGAUCAUUUUUGGGAAUGCAAUUGCGAAAUAUGGUGGGUUUAACGUGCUCUGGGUGGUUCUAUCAUCUUUUGGGGCUUUAUAGCUUAGUGCACAUCGUGCGUAGAUUAUUGCCAUUGCAUGGGGUUUUGAGAGUUGGUUGUUUCACAUACGUAUGAUAACUUUUUUUUUAAAUACUUCAUGAAUAUGCGACACUAUCUACUUAAGAAAAGAAAGCAAGCUGCUUUUUGGAUUCAUGGCGUACUGUUAAUCAGUCUAUAAUAUAGUUGCCUUAAAUUUUCUUAUCAAAAGUCGUUGGGAAAUGGUAGUAUCGUUCCUGUCAUAAGAUGGUAGUUGUUUCUAUCAUAUUUAGGGGAAUGUUACUGUGGUUCAGGAGCAAUUAUUUUUACCCUUCGAUUUUCUUGUAAUUCACUUUGUUGUCAACUUUAUAUGAUUUGAAUAAGAGAAACUACUCCCAAAUUUGGCAUAUUUUCAGAACCACUAUGUUUCAUCAUCUGGAUUGCUGGAAUCAAUUGAAUACUCAUGCAGAUUGUUUCAUGUUAACAGGUACUGUUGACAGAGAGGGAAAAACAGAAACUUGAGGUUUGGUCUCGAAUCAUGCCUUACAGGGAGUCAUUUGCUUGGGCUAUUAUUCCAUUAUUUGAAACCGGCAGUUAUUCAGCCAUUGGUGGAGUUGGCUCCCCAAGCAGUCCUCUUACCCCCAGUAUUUCGGGCUCAAGUUCCCAAGAGACUGCUGGUGAACCUGUUGCAAAAGCAACUUUGGAUGGAAAGUUGACGCAAUAUUCUAAUGGAAGCCCUAUUCUCGUUGAAAUAUCAAAUUUGAACGCGGUUAAGGAAAGCUACACUGAGGACUCUCUUCAGGUGUUAUGGUUAUCCCUGCACCAUCUCUGCUGAAUGCCACGUCACUUUUCUUCUGAGAGUUUAAACUUCUUAUACAUUUGUGUACUGAUUCCUUUAGUUUCUCUGGUGUCCAUAUUAUAUAAUAAUUAACAGGGGAUUUUUCAAAGUUUUUGAUAGUUCAUUUUAAAUCGGAAUGAACGUGAUGACGAUUUGUCUACGUUGAUAAUUCUUAUCUUAUUAUGAGAAAGCUUGGAUGAGCUGCAAGCUUUCUCAGAUUUGAAUUGAAUAAGCACAAAAACAUGUAGCCUAAAUGGAAAUGGAGAACAUUGUCCACUUGGUUGUCCAAAUAUGGAUCCUCAUUAUUGCCAAUUUCAUCGUGGUUACAUGCUUAAUUCUAAGCUUUCUUCAGAUUCCACUGGUUCUUCAUAUACAAUUUGGCGACUCUAUGUCAUGCUAUUAUUGCCCCGGAACUUCUACAAUUCCUGCUUGCCUAUUCUUUAGGAGUGUCAGGUUUAGGUUGCAUUGUAGCCCAGAAUGUUGAUAAUUUAGUGUGUCAGGAGAACCUAUAUUUUCAUGAUGGCAGAAGUGAGCCUUGGUUUGAAAGAGUGUUUGUUGUUAUUUGGGUUCUUCGAUGCAAAUAUUUUACCUCUGUCACAGUCCUCUGGAUCAUUGCAUUUGCUUCUAUGCUUCCAAAAUUCAGCGUCUUUUCUUUACUCCCACUGUUAUAGAUGUACGUGCUUUAGGGCCUUGCCUGUAGUUUUUUCUGUAUAUUAUCGAUCUUUUUCUUUUACAUUCCAGGUGUUAACUCUUUCUAUGCCAUUUGAUAACAUCUGCUUCUAUUGGCGAGAAAAAACUUAUGUUUGAGUUAGGGUUCGCAUGAUUUUCUGUAGCUAGUUGAGAUUGUGCAUAUUGAAUGACUCAGAUGGGCAUGAACACCAAGAAUUAGUACCCAUGUACGUUAACUGUUUUGGUGUUUAUUGAAGACAUUCGCUAAUUUCAUGAUUUCCUGUGAUUGUUAGGUUGGUUAAUUUUCCUGAUGUCUUUCUAUAUUCAAAUAUUCUAUAAACCAGCUUUCUUUUAUGACUCAUAGGAUCCUAAAAGGAAGGUCCACAAGCCUGUAAAAGGUCUACUGAAGUUGGAAAUUGAAAAGCUUCAAGCAGACCUUAUUGAUGCCGACAACAUGUCUGAAAGUGGCAGUCUAACCAAUGGUUCAAUUGACAUUGGGGAUCGACCUGGUAAUCCUGCCUUUCUCAGGUACCCAAGUGGCACUGAUGGACCUAGGAACGCGAAUCACAGAAAUAAUGCUAUGGCUAAUGGAAAAGAGGUGAACCGGAACAGACUGAAUGGUACAGGAAAUUAUUGUGGCAUUACCACUGAUGUAAGCAGUUAAUGGUUUUAGAAUACUCAAAUUCGAAUUAAAUUUAUCUAUUCUGGUGUUAUGAUCUUGCUUUGCUACAUUUUGGAGCAUUAAAAUUACCGCAUUUUUUGAGAUGAGAGCUUACAGAAGUUUGCCCUUGUUCUGGAUUUUUUUCUUGCAAAACUUGUGGGCAUUCUGUAGUAGCGACUUUAAGUUAUUUUUUUAAUUUAAUGGAGUUUAACAAUGUGCAGAAGGGCAAUUCAAAAGGUGGACAAGUGACCUAUUUUCUACGUGUUAUCCAUGGUUUCCAUUUAAGAAGCAUGAAAUAUAAUGGUUAGGAAUUGUGAGGUUCAUAAUCAUUUUUUAGUUUUCUUUUUCUAUCUCACAGCCAUUCAUGCAUGUCAUGGGAUAUCAUGUGCAAAUAGUUUCGUAACAAUUCUAGUUCGAAUGUGGUGACAGAUCAUUAAAAUUUUCCGCAUGUACAUUGAGACACAUGGCUCGAAUUUUACUGAGGGUUCAUUCUUGGUGAAGCAGAACAGGAGCGUAAUUUAUGCAACUCUUUGCAGAGUACUUAUGCUGAUAUUUUAAGUGUUAUUUGAGACAUUGAUGGAAAUGAAAUCCCAUGGCCAUAAUUUUGAACGAGUAUUCUUUACGUGGGAAAGAUUUUGGUUUCCUUUUUUUUCCCGUAGGUAAGAAAUUCGUGUUGUUUCGCUAGAGACGCCCCAUCCUUUUCUCAUGUACUACCUCAUAACAGUCAUUAUUAAUUUAGACUCAUAACGCGAAACAUGAAUUUCUUCUUUUUCAUUUAGCAGUUCAUCACAGUUUAUUUAUAUUGCUGCCUUUCUUACCAUAUUCUUUGCACAAAUGUUCCAUAGUCCCGCUGAGAAAAUAUUUACGUUUUCUGACGCUCAAUUUUUUCUUAUAUUGACGUCUGAUGCUUGACCACUUCUAGCUAAUUUCAUUAACGACAGUCACAUGUGUGUGGCAGAUUCAUGUUUUUGAUUUUCGCACAAUGACAAGGAGCGAGCCAUUUUCACAACUUUUGCAUAGUCUCUAUGUAUACCCCUUGUCUGUUAAUUUGAGUCGGAAAAAGAAUUUGUUUAUACGAGUGGAGUUGAGAAAAGAUGAUGUUGAUAUCCGGCGACCACCCUUAGAAGUAUGUCCUUUUUCUGUGCUGGAUAUUUUGCAAUUUAAUUAAUGAAAUAAUCUGAUAGUUUUACUUUCUUCUUGGAAGUCUGUGUAUUCGAGGGAUCCAGAUGCAGCACUUCAGAAAUGGUCUCACACUCAAGUUGCUGUCAGUGCUAAGCUUGCAAGCUUCCAUGACGAAUUUAAAAUAUCACUUCCGGCUAUUAUGACUCCUCAACAUCACCUUUUGUUUACCUUUUUUGAUGUUGACCUUCAAAUGAAACUCGAGGCUCCAAAACCUGUAAGGACAAUUAGUCUUUCGGAUUGAUUCAGACGUAUUACUGUGUCCUUUAUCUUUUACUUUUCUGAUAAUUAUUCGGUUUACUAAUGCAUAAUUUUUAGUAUUAUUGAUCUUUUAACCAAUAUUUGAUUUUACAGGUGGUCAUAGGUUAUGCAGCACUUCCUUUGUCUACCCACGCUCAGUAUGUGUCAUUUCAUCAAAUCCGUCUUCCUUUUCUUCUAUUGUGUCGUCUGUGAAUUAGUUGGUUUUGGGCUAAAAAUUAUCUUGGUGUUCGUUAAAAAAAUGUUUCCUGAUUGGUCAAGCAUCAUCAUAACUAGUAUGUAAUCUUCAGUUCAUUGUUUGAGUGAGCUAUCAUUUAGAUCGAGUGAAAGUGGCUUUAAAACUAAAAUUAUAUUACAAAAAGUUUGAAGUAUCUAUCCAAACAUUGAAAAUCUGAAGUUCAGCUGUGGGGGUCAAAGGUCAAACAUAAGGAGUUUUUUGAGAUCCCUGUUCUCUUAAGUUCUCUUUAUGCUAAUAAUAGCAUAAUUCUAAAUAGGGAAAGUUCCUUAUUCUCAAUGUAUUCAUACUAGCAUGUCAAUUCCUAGUGCUAAAAAUCAAUUAAUCACCAGUAUUGAUAAUCUUUCAGGUAUGAACUCAAUCCACUGCUUAAAAAGGUUUUGAAGGUUGGCAAAAAACCCUAGGAGGAUAUGCAGAGAAAAAACUCGACUCGUAUUCACAUCUUAGAUAACUGUUAUAUACAAGUACCAGUGCCAUAACCAAGUAAACUACCUAACAACCAGGAAACGAACCAACAAAUUAGGAAACGAUCCAACCAACAAUCAAGCUCCCUAUUGUAUGUUCUUUCCUAAAGAUGAUAUUACUAACCUGUGAGACCAGAUGUGUUGACAAAUUCUUCUUUCUUUGGGCAGAGUUAUGCCUUCUAAGGUUCUAGUUAUUUUGUCAUAUGCUGGAAGCAGUGUGUGUUAAUUUUUUUCUUGGCUUUGUUACCCUUGUUGGCGGUAAUUUUUUGUGUUUUUGUUCCGUGCCCAUCCUCCUCUUGUUAUAAUCUUUAAUAUUUUCACUUGGACCAUAUUUUUAUUCGAGGGUGCUGUUAUUUGAAUUUGAUGAAAACGAAAAUGUAGAUUGGAUGGCGUUGAUGUAAGUAAAUUAUUGGAAUUUUCUUUUGUGUGCGUCAUAUUUUUUAGUUCAAAUCAUUGUGGCGUUGACCUGACCAAGAUUAUAUUUACAGGCUGCAAUCUGAUGUAUCUUUGCCUAUAUUUAGAGAAGUUGCUCCACAUUAUCUCCAGGAUGGUAGCAAGGUAUUGUUGUGUCAAUUAUGAACCAGUUUCCUGAGUCAAUAUCAUUUUAUUGCAUAUUCUUGCAGUUUUCCCAACUCAUUGUUUACAUUUACAUUACCAAAUCAUAGGGUAAUGUGUUUGCUAUCACCAUUGGCCAUUUUUAAUUUCUUCAAUUUCUGUUUAUAUAAAUGCGGGAACGUGCAUCAUAUACAUGUGUUUAAUAACAAAUCGACCGUGCAUCAUAUACAUGUAUAUUAUAUGGCGGCGACUUGUUUGGUUGUGAGAUCAAUUACCUGACAAUAAGAGUUAUUGCAUUGAUCUGUUUGCAGGAGAGGUAUUUGGAGGACGGAAAAAAUGUUUUUAAACUGCGUUUAAGGUUAUGCUCCUCAUUGUAUCCAAUCAAUGAGAGAAUCAGAGAUUUCUUCUUGGAAUAUGAUAGACAUAUGCUGGGAACAAGCCCCCCUUGGGGAUCUGAGCUUCUUGAGGUACUAAUUGUUACUCUUAUUUCUUUUUUUUAUUACUCAGUGCCUUCAAAUUAUUUAUGUCAUAUGCAUUGUAAUUUUUUAAUGGUUGCUCUUGCUGUUCAUCUGAUAUGUGUUUUUUCUGUCUAGAGUUUUCCUUGGAUAGCUAUUCCUCUAAAAUGGUUUCCUUCGUAGUGUGAUAUUGCAAUAAUACUUAUUUCUAUUUACUUCUUGUCUUCUAAGAUGCUUGCUGGUUACCCCAUGUAUGUUGAAUCAUAUCUGAUCUCGACGUGGUCAAAAUACCACCAACAUAUUUGUAGUUUCUGGCUUCACCUUGAUUGUUUCUAGCCUGGUUUUCAGUCUGGAUUCCUUAUCUAACCCAUUUCAGCUACUGUAGGGUUCAGCCAACGUAUUGAUGGAAAAUCGGACGAUUUUUUCUGCCUCUAGGGUCUGUUAAAUGAAAAGAUGAUGAAGAAGAGGGAAUAGUUUUUUAGUAAGAAAAGAGUUUCGAUAGAUUUUGGUGUCAUUACUUAAUGUCAGCCUGGAUGCACAAAUUUUUGGUGCGAAAUAGUGAAAAUGAUGCAGUGUAAAUUAUAGGAAUGCUAAGCAGAGGUGUGUAGGAUGGUAAGGUUUUUAUCAUAUUUGUGUGAAGGUUUUCCGUUCGAUUGUUGCUUACUUUCCAGCUGAAAAAAACGGCAUAUUUUCUACCUAGUGUGAAUUUAUGUUGUUUUCUUGCCCCUCACCUCAUUUGUGUAAAUUUUGCAUGAGUUUUAUAGGAAUUGUUUGCAUUUCAGAGCCACAGCAGAACUCUUGUUUUACUACUAAAAAUUGCAACAGAACGUAACACUUAUGCGGCUACAGAAUUUAUGCGAAAAAUCCAUGUAAAAUGAUCUCUCAUCUAGAGUCUAAUUAUCGUGUUCUACAUUGACCUUCACGAUUUGUGUCGGGUACAUCUGUUCAGUUAGGUAGAAUUCCCUUUGUACAUUGUGUAGACUCUUCAUUGGAUAGAACUAUGAUACUUGUUUAGAAAGUUCAGAGUUUGUGUAACAAAUACAUUAUUCUUCAAUUGUGCAGGCCAUCAAUAGCCUCAAGAAUGUUGAUUCAACUGCUUUACUACAAUUUCUCCAGCCGAUACUCAAUAUGCUCCUCCACCUCAUCGGUGAUGGUGGAGAAACUCUUCAGGUACUCUAAGGACUGUCCUUUUGUAGUUAUUUGACGAUAACCUGGUUUCCAGUUAUUAUUUUCUUGGAAGCAUCUGAUUGCUGACUCUUCAACAAUAUUUUUUAAAAUGUUCAAAAGAAUUAUUUCACUGUUAUCCUUCUAACUUUUUCUAAUUUUCAGGUUGCUGCUUUUCGUGCUAUGGUGAAUAUCAUCACUCGGUAUGUUUCUCAACCGCUGGAUUUUUAUAUAUAUAAGUCCAUGUACAUUGUCCCCAAUAACAACACCCCCCAGGCGGUUUUGUUCCGUUGUUGAUGGUAUAUAGGAAAAAUUUGCGGAACCAUAUCAUUUUGAUAUUUUUCCUUAUUUUCCUGCGAUCAUUUCUUCCAGUUGAGUUGUUUGAUCAUCCCUUCCACACUUUUGCAACAAAAUAGAUAUUGCAAUCAAGGAAGAGAAUAAAUCAAUCAUAUUUUGUUCAAAUUUGUGGUGAAGCCUGCGCUUUUGGUUUUUUUUCUUCACCUACUGACAUCUUGAAUGAAGUUAUUGCUUGUGUGCCGAGUUGCAGUCCGAGUAAUUGAAGAAAUUUUGUUCAUAACUUCGUUUUUCUGAUCCUUAGUUCCAUUGGUUGAGAUAAUUUGAUUUGACUUCUAAAAUAUUGUGCAAGAUGAAUGUAUAUAUAAAUCAGAACAGGAUUCGUCAGUAAUUAUAGUAAAGUACAAUAUGUGUAGUCUAUUUAUAUGGUUUUCUUAAUAUAUAACGAAAUUUGCGCUUUCUAACUGUUUCCCUUAACCUUGUAUGUUAUUAGUGUUUAUCUUGAAUUUAGAAGGAUAUAUGGUCUUUGUUAUUCUAUCAUUGACAUGCAUUCAAAUGUAAAUGUUACUAGCCACUGAAUGCUUAUCAUGGCUCACGGCAGAAAAUCAAACAUACUUAUCUGUGAACGUUUGGAUCGUUAUAAAAUUGUAAGGAAUGUAUUAUUUACAUUGUCAACAGCAUUGACAAAUACUCUAAUCUUCUGAAUUUUUGCAGGGUUCAGCAAGAAUCUUCUGAUAGUGCAGAAAGAAAUCGUUUUCUUGUUAGCUAUGUUGAUUAUGCAUUUGAUGAUUUUGGUGGUCGCCAGGCGACUGUUUACCCUGGUUUGUCCACCGUAUGGGGAAGCUUGGCUAGGAGUAAGGUAAAAGUUAUAUGUUUUCAUUGCUUCUUUGAGUCAUUGUCAUUGCUUAGUGUAUUGUCAUUACACAUUAGUCGGUUGUCUUUCCUCAGCAAGCUCUUUUCAUAAUGGCGUCUUUGUUUGACAUAAUGAAAAUUCUAUGAAUCAGAAAUUGGCCGACCUCUAUAAUCCUCCUGUAAUCCUUAUGAAUUGGAAUUCGUCAGAAUGACCUCAAAUCGUAUUAUUUUGUAAGAGUUCAACACUGAAAAUUGUUGGAGUGAAUUCACUAAAAAAGAAAUGAGUAAUGAGAACAAGGGACCUGGAAUCACAUAAGAUGAAGAAUAUGGAAUGUGGGGAUAUAGAAAAAAAGAACAAUGACAGAAACUCCGACUCGCUUGUUGCUAUCAGGCUUAGCUUCUGAUGACUACAGUUGUUGGUGUUUACUUUAUUUUUCUUCGUUUUAUUGCUGAUCCUUCUGGUUAAUGAUGGCAACCAGUAGAAGCACUUACGCCCAUUGGUGGUGACCUCAAAUAUGGGACCAGGGAAAUAGCCAUUGGCACAUAGGAGUAAUUUAAUGGCCAUUGGGACAGGAGAAACAGAAGAAACUUACCAAAGUGACGCAUUUUUAACAGUAUUUUUCAACAACAAUUUGAACUUAUAGCCAUCGUCCUAACGUGGAACUGAUGAUAUACCCUCAGUGUUUAUAGCUUUAACAUGGCAAGCAAGAAGUGGAAAACCCUAACCAUGUACCACUGGCUAGAUAUUCAUUCCCCUUGGAAGGGUUAGACAAUUGCCCAUCGAGCCUAUGCUUGUUUGAAAUUUCCUUGUGGAGUUACAAAAGCUGACAUCUGAAGUAGGGUGCGACAUCACUUUCCAGCUUGACAGUUUGUCAAAAUUGAGACAUUGAUGUGGUCAGAAAUUCAAAAAGUGCCUGCUGCAUUAAGAAGGAACGCAUUCUGGCAAUAAACAUAGAUGCUGCAGUGGAGAAAUAUUCUGCCUGUUUACCUACACCUGUAAAGAAACCAGUAUCUUUGUUCCUUGAUGAGUGUGAUUUCUAUGUAAUACUGCAUUUCUUUAUCCUAUUGUACAAUUGUUUUUAGUUUUAAAUUUUUUCACUGUAGCUUGUCCAAAUUUCCCUUCUCUUGACAUGAACUUUUUAGUGUUUCUUUUGCCAACAUUUUGACCGUUUUCAAAAAAGGUUGCCUCCUGAGUGAGGGAAUAUUCUCAUAUUGUCUGACUUCCGAUCUGCAUAAUUAGGAAUACGAUUUUUCCCUAUGUUAUACAUAACCCUGUUGUUUUCGUGUGACUUAUUGCAUGCAAAUGUUAUGGUCUGUUGUGCAGGCGAAAGGCUAUCGUGUUGGACCAGUUUAUGAUGACGUGUUGGCAAUGGCAUGGUUCUUCUUGGAGCUUAUUGUAAAGUCAAUGGCACUUGAACAGAACCGUCUUUGCUGUGAUAAUGUUCCUCUAGGUAUCUGGGACGUGCAGAAUUAUUCUGUUGCAUGUUAGCUCGAAAAUUAUUUCUAUCGGAACUAUGAUAGUGACGCUUGUUUGGAACAAAUGGAGAUACCAUGGACGCUUGUUUGAAAUAAUUUUAAAGCUGCAUUGAUAAGCAUCACGUUACUAAAUACUUAUGCCGAUUCUUCAUUAAACUCUAUAAAUAAUGCUGCUUUUCGUCCCCGUGCUUUAACAGGUUUAUUUAUGGUUUAGGUGACAAACUUUUUGUAUUUCAUUUUGAUGAAUCAUAUGAAAUUUUUAGAAUUAAUAACGUAUACUUUUCUCUUCUCUUGCAAUAGAGGAGUUUUCUAAUGUUACUUGUAUGUAUCUGUAUUUAAUCUGAAUGUGUCACGCUUCUUUGCAGGGGAAGACAUUCCACCAUUGCAGUUGAAGGAGGCUGUUUUCAGGUGUAUCACGCAGUUGUAUGAUUGUCUUCUGACGGAGGUACAUGAGCGCUGCAAAAAGGGAUCAAGCUUGGCAAAGCGAUUGAACAGCAGUCUGGCGUUUUUCUGCUACGAUCUUUUGUCUAUCAUAGAGCCACGCCAAGUUUUUGAACUGGUAAACGUCAUUAUAUUUGACACUAUAAUGCACGCGUUUCUCUUUCAUUUUAUAUUUCAUUAAAAUAGCAUCUGCUCUAGACUGAGUCUUUUGUUUUAGUUUCUUGAGGAUAUAUGGUGAGUCUAACAGCCAAUAAAGGAUUCUGUUCAUUUCUGAGGUGUCUUCGUGCCCUUGAAGUGACCACCCCCUUAAACAAAGAACGUCACAUUUGUGUACAGCUGUCAAUGCUAUUCAAACUUAAAUGGCGAGAGUUUAUCUUUUGUUUCCUCAAUGGCUGUGCUUUUUUUCAGCAUGAGGUUAGCACCAUUUUUUUAUAAUUACAAUCCCUAGAGUGUGAGAACCUGUACCAUAGAUUAGCAUGUAUCUUUUGCUUGUUAAUAAAUAGGUGAAUUUUCUCAUGAAGAGAAUUCGUCUGCAAUCCCUUUCUUUCAUGAAAACAAUACAGUGACAUAUCUCACAAAAAUUGUUGGUAAGAGUGCACAAAUUAUAAUCCUAAUUGUAGAGGAAUAUUUUGCUUAAUCUUUGGGCAGAUAAACUCUCUGGUCGUGGAUACUGAUAAAUUAAGGACAAUUUGGAUCGUGAUUAUAUUGUGAUGGUUAUGAGAUUGCUAAUGCCGGGAUUGCUAUUUUAAAUCAGUAGUUGUCCUGAUUCUGAGUUUAUGUUUAUCAUGCCCACCUCUAUUUCUCUUCUUUUUUUUGUUUUUUUAUGCACAAUCUGACAUUUGUGAUGCAGAAUUUUUAGUAGUUGAAGUUCCAUUAUUCUCUUAUGAAAACUAAUCGCCACAACUGGAUUAUUUUCUAAAUUUUAAAGGGAUUCAAUUCAAUUCAAUUUUAUGCAAUAAGAGACAUGAAAAACUUCGCUUUAUUGCAUAUUUGCAGGUUUCCUUAUACAUGGACAAGUUUGCUGGUGUUUGUCAAUCUGUUCUGCAUGACUGCAAGCUUACGUUUUUACAGAUAGUAUGUGAUCAUGAUCUGUUUGUUGAGAUGCCAGGAAGAGACCCUUCAGAUAGGUACAUAAAUAAAUCUGACUGAGUUUCGUUGCUCGACACAAAUUGGUAUUUUCCCCCUUGGAAAGAUCACUUUACGGAUUAGAUAUAUUCCGAAUUGAUUAGAUUUGUCCAUGCUUCCUGAUUUGUAACACAGACAUGAGCAUGUGUCUUUUCUCGGUAUGCAUUUAGGGUAUGCUAAUCAAGGACUUCUAUGCAGCUGACAUAAUCAGAUCUAAUACCCUGAAAAUUUACUCAUAAGCAUGGAUCCAGGUCAUCAGGGACUUCCCGUGUAAUAUAUAAUCAGCCAUUUAUGCUCUCAUAUGCCAUUAACCCUAUGAACUUUCGGUAGGUAACUUUUAUCGUUUAAAUUUUUGCAUCAAUAUUUUUACUUUCUAUAUAUAGAACCAAAGGUACCACAAAGCCACUGAAUAUCUACAGCAACCUAACAACAUGUGGAACAUUAGAUAUGAAGCUAGGAAAAUAAAAAUCUUUAGCCUGUUUAGUUGUGUAUUUCUCAUGGUGUAUGGGUUUUCAUGUAAUGAUGACCAUCUCCUUGUGCACUAGAAUCUACAUGGAUUUAGUUACUGUGAAUUACAAAGUCCUAUUUUCAGGAUCAAAGUUCAUUGUUUAAACAUAAUUUCCCUUUUUCAGGAAUUAUCUUUCAUCAGUAUUAAUUCAUGAGCUUUUUCUCACCUGGGAUCAUGAUGACUUAACACAACGGGCUAAAGUAAGUCAUUCGCUCCUGCUUAUUGAUGUGUAGUCUUGAUUACGUUAGUUUUCGUUUUAUCAACGGUAUAAUUUGUUUUCACUGAGUUGUCCUUUUGACACAAAGAUGCUGUUAGUUUGAUGACAACUACGUUCUGUGUUUUGCUAGGCUGCUCGAAUCUUGGUGGUCCUCAUGUGCAAACAUGAAUUUGACUCUCGUUACCAGAAGCAUGAGGACAAACUAUACAUCGCUCAGUUAUAUUUUCCUCUGAUAGAGCAGGUACAGUUCUGUUGAAGUUUUAGGAUAGAAUUCUAGUCGUGAUUGGGAUUUUCUUGAAAGUUAGGUGAUUUAUAGCACUAAUUUCUACUUAGCAAAAUAGCUAGUAGUUUUACCACAAGAGGCUCAGAAGAGGUGUGGUGCUUCUUGAACCGGCAAUGAUUAUGUGUUCAUGAUUUCAACCUAAAAAAUCCUUUCUUCCUCAUGUAGUCAUACUCAUGUAGACAUGUGGUGUUUCACAUUCUUCUAGCUUUAUUUUUUUGUUCAGUCUAUUUGUACUCUAUAUAUAAGUAAUGCCCCAUCAUAUCUAUUCGUCUCGUUCUCCUUUUGGAAUAUCAAUCCUGUUCUUUGCUGGAAAUAGCUGUAUGUGGUCAUUAUGACAAAUUUAAGUGCUUCUGUGCUGAAUUCUAUAUUUAGUAAUGUUUCAACGAACACUUGGGGGCAUCACACUUCAUUUUAUAAUUUCUUUUAAAAAAAAUUCCCUCAAUGUAAAUUUAUUUCUUCUACUUUUCCAGAUACUCGAUGAGAUGCCGGUCUUCUACAACCUGAAUACAGUUGAAAAGCGCGAGGUCUUAAUCGUCCUUUUGCAAAUCAUACGCAACCUGGAUGAUGCAUCUCUCAUCAAAGCGUGGCAGCAGAAUAUUGCGAGGACGAGAUUAUUUUUUAAACUCUUAGAAGAGUGUCUUAUUCUUUUUGAGGUUAGUGCGCUCAAGGCUCAUCACAUGCAUCAUUUUUGUGCUGACUAAAGCCUAUAAUGGCGUGUCAAUAUAAGCCUUUGAUAGGUAGAAUGGACGUAAUCAUGAUUCAUAGCUGGUAUCAGGUUUUUAGAGAUCGUGCAAGGGCCUUCCAAAUCAAUCAAUUUUUCAAGCUUAGUGGAUUAGUGCUAAUAUAAGAUCUUCUUUUAAAUUAGACUUCGAAAAAUGUCGAGACACUCAUAAGCCGAUUGGUCAACCUCUCCAAAGUAAUGUGCGUCUUUGAUCCUAUCUUGCAGCACCGGAAAACAGCUGAUAGCAUGCUAGUAGGCUGCAGUUCCCGCAGUCCUGAUGCAGAAGGAUCAACCUCUCCAAAGUAUUCCGACCGGCUUUCCCCAGCAAUAAAUGCAUACUUGUCUGAAGCUUCUCGGCAAGAAGUCAGAGUAUGAUUGCUAAUUUUUUGUGCCAAUUUGAUAAAUAUGAAUGGCCAUGAUGCUAUUACAUUUGCUAUAUCCUAUAAACCUUGACCAUUUAGUAAAUUUCGGAUGAGCUUAAAAUCAGUGGAAAAGAGGAGCAACUUAGAUUGUAGAUUGGAUGCUUCAUAAUCACUUCGCUAUAUGUGAAGUGAUUAUGCCUGAGUGAAAUGUCUACCCUUCCUUAUCUCAGCUUAUAUUUACUUUCAGGCAUACAUAUAUUGGUUGACCUCACCGUGUUCAAUUGUCAAACUUUUUGUCAUCCUUUUUGUCAUCCUUUUCUGAUAUUAUUGACAACUUUCAUUUCCAAACUGUUGGAUGUAGAACAAAGGGACACCAUACAACUCGUAGAUACAGUUGCCUAGCGGGUAUAACCCUAGUCUUUGUGGCAUAUGCUAGUUGACUGUGCUAUAUUCGGUUGUAGUUCUCUACUUGUACGUAUGUUGAUAACCGGAAGGGGGGGGGGGGAGAGAGAGAAAGAGGUAAGAAAACAAUUUCAUGUAUAUACCGCAUGAUAGAUGGGUUGAAGGCUGUAGCGGGGAGUAGGCACUGGGGAAAAGUUGGCAGGUUGCAUCGUUCUCUCAUAAAGGAAAGAAUUUCCGCAGCAGGCCGGCAACAAACAGAUCGUCAUUGAAUGAAUAUGCCUAUUAAUUUUUCUCAGUAACUUUUCUGACGAUCUUCAAACAGGCUAAUUACAUAUUUCUCCCUUAGUUAUUCGUAUUCUGUGACUGAUUAACGCGUAAUUAUGCAUGCUAUUGCCUGUUUAGUUGAAAGAUCAUUCUUUUUUUUUUAAAACCUUAAUUAACUGUUAUUUUUCCGUCCAUUAGCCACAAGGAACACCAGAGAAUGGAUAUUUGUGGCACAGGAUUAGUCCUCACCUUGGCUCUCCUACACCACCAUACUCAUUAAGGGAAGCUCUUGCUCAGGCUCAGUCAUCUAGAAUUGGUGUCUCCACUCGAGCAUUAAGAGAGUCUCUUCACCCUAUGCUCAGACAAAAACUGGUAGAGUAGUCUUCUCCUAUAGUUUUCAUUUUUUCUUAUCGGUUCUAUGAGCUCAGUUUUCUAAGUAUUUGUUCAGGAACUUUGGGAAGAGAAUCUCAGUGCCGCUGUGAGUCUCCAGGUCUUGGAGAUGACCGAAAAAAUUUCAGUGGCUGCAGCAUCCCAUGCGGUCACCACUGAUUAUGGCAAGCUAGACUGCAUAACUUCCAUAUUUAUGAGCUUCUUCUCCCGAAGUCAAUCGCUAGCCUUUUGGAAAGCUCUGUUUCUUGUGCUCAACAAUAUCUUCAGUCUCCAUGGGGCGACUCUCAUGGCACGAGAGAAUGACCGAUUUUUGAAGCAAGUCGCCUUUCAUCUCCUACGGCUUGCAGUCUUUCGCAACGAGUCUGUCAGAAGAAGAGCGGUUCUCGGGCUCCAGAUUCUCGUGCGAGUAUGUUCCCCUCGUCGAUCUUUCUCUCACGACCAUUGCUUGCCCUGCUGCUGCUCAUCCUAAUUUACUGUCCUUGGAAACUUGUGCAGAAUUCCUUCCGUUACUUCACGCACACAAUGAGGCUGAGGGUCAUGCUGACAAUUACACUGUCGGAGCUAAUGUCCGACGUACAAGUGACUCAGAUGAGAUCUGAUGGAUCUCUGGAAGAGAGUGGAGAGGCUCGGCGUCUAAGAAGAUCACUGGAGGAAAUGGCAGAUGAAGUGGGCAGCCCCGCCUUACUAAAAGCUUGUGGAGUUCCUCAGAAUGCCCUCGAGGUCGUUCCCGAGGGUUCAGCCGACAACCGUUGGUCCUGGCCAGAGGCCAAGCAUCUCUCCGACAAUCUGAUCCAAGCUCUUGAUGCAGGCCUGGAGCACACGCUUUUGGUAAGAGAUCCCAUCCCUCCCCAUCAAUCCAGUUUUGCGGCUCUACUAGUUUGGACGUGAAUGGUAACUAAUCGCCUGCCUGACGAAUGGAUAUUGCACUUAGCACAUCAACCGUUUAGUUUCGUGAUCAUUACAUCAAUACACUUGCCAUGCUGAAACAUAGUUGACGGACAUGGCCUUGCACAGCUUGCAAUGUUAUGACAACAACACCAGACGUCCCUUUUUUUCCAAGUUACUUGGGUGUUAAUUCGGCGGUGUUCGGGUCCGCGUUCCUUUUUAGUUGCAGUGACAUACGUUCUUGUUUUGCAGGCAUCUCAGAUGACCGCUGAUAGAUACGCGUCCGCAGAAAGCUUUCACAAGCUAGCAAUGGCCUAUGCGCCCGUCCCGGACCUCCACAUAAUGUGGUUACUGCAUUUAUGCGACGCGCAUCAGGAGAUGCAGUCCUGGGCUGAAGCCGCUCAGUGCGCAGUAGCGGUCGCCGGAGUAAUCAUGCAGGUUGACUUGACCUGGUUGCGGGGGAUGAAAUUCAGACUAGUCGUGACAUUUUUUUUUUGCUUCUCUCUAAAAUCCCUUAUUUGUUGCAGGCUCUUGUUGGAAGGAACGAUGCCGUCUGGAGCGGAGACCACGUGGCCUCCUUGCGUAAGAUAUGCCCCAUGGUCAGUGACUCCAUUAUUGCCGAGGCUUCUGCUGCCGAGGUAGAAGGCUACGGGGCAUCCAAGCUCACCGUGGACUCCGCGGUCAAGUACCUGCAGCUCGCGAAUAAGCUGUUUUCCCAGGCGGAGCUCUACCAUUUCUGCGCCGGCAUCCUGGAGCUCAUAAUCCCCGUCUACAAGAGCAGGAGAUCGUUCGGGCAGCUCGCCAAAUGCCACACGUCCCUUACCAACGUCUACGAGUCGAUCCUCGAGCAGGAGGCCAGCCCGAUCCCGUUCAUCGACGCCACUUACUACCGGGUCGGAUUCUACGGGGAGCGAUUCGGGAAGCUGGACCGAAAGGAGUACGUUUACAGAGAACCGCGGGACGUGCGACUGGGCGACAUAAUGGAGAAGCUUAGUCACAUCUACGAGGCCAAGAUGGACGGGAACCACACCCUCCACAUCAUACCAGACUCCAGGCAAGUGAACGCCGAGGACCUGCAGCCUGGCGUCUGCUACCUGCAGAUAACAGCGGUGGAUCCCGUUAUGGAGGACGAGGACCUGGGAAGCCGACGAGAGAGGAUAUUCUCUCUCUCGACCGGCAGUGUGCAUGCCCGCGUCUUCAACCGCUUCCUCUUCGACACUCCAUUCACGAAAAAUGGCAAGACGCAGGGGGGCCUGGAGGAUCAGUGGAAGCGCCGCACCGUCCUUCAGACGGAGGGGUCGUUCCCCGCGCUGGUGAACCGGCUUUUGGUGACCAAAUCCGAGUCCCUGGAGUUCUCUCCGGUUGAGAAUGCCAUCGGCAUGAUUGAGACCCGGACCGCCGCACUAAGGAACGAGCUCGAAGAACCUCGCAGCUCAGAAGGCGACCAGCUGCCGAGGCUCCAAAGUCUUCAGAGAAUUCUCCAAGGCAGCGUGGCUGUUCAGGUACUUAUCAUCUUCAUCUUCGUUAAACCUCUGGGGAAAUCUAAUCUUUUUGAGAAUGCAGCCUUUUGGAGGUUUCUUCUCUGACCCGAGACUUCUUCCGACUUCCUAUAACGCCUCUGUUAUACUUUACAGGUAAACAGUGGUGUCCUCAGUGUAUGCACGGCCUUCCUUUCCGGCGAGCCGGCAACCAGGCUUCGAUCUCAGGAGCUGCAACAGCUUAUCGCUGCGCUCCUGGAGUUCAUGGCUGUCUGCAAGCGUGCAAUACGGGUCCAUUUCCGACUUAUCGGGGAAGAAGACCAAGACUUCCACACGCAGCUCGUGAAUGGGUUCCAGUCCCUCACAGCUGAGCUUUCCCACUACAUCCCCGCCAUACUCUCCGAGCUUUGA